AGAACACUGAAAACAUCACAGAGUCCUUACAGUUGGAUACUUCGCCAUAGAACGUUCAUUAAUAAAACAUGGCUAAAACUACAGAAACCUGUGGAGAGCUGAUACCAGCUGAGUUAGAGACUGUCGAUGACAACGCUAUAAUGAGAGCAGAUUUCAUUCAGGAGCUUCUUCCAUCUGCGGAGCGAACGGCUCUCCUUUAUCACCUGACUUUCCUGAGUCUGGGAGGAUUCCCAAAGCUGGAGCGUCUGAUCAGAGAUCAAGCUAUUGAAACACAGCUGCUGUUUGGAUCCUCCGAAGCCCUUCUGCUGAGGUGUGUCGGCAUGAGCUCCAACCUGGUCACCUCCCUGUUUCCGAUGUUGAAAGCAGCUGUGGAGAAGAACAAACCUGUUUUGGCAGUGAGGUACCUGAUGAAAGCCAAAGAGUGGAUCGCUGACAUCAUAACACAAGUGGAUGACAUUGUGAAGAGAUAUGAUAAACACAACGCAAGUGUGAAAACAUGCACCAGUGACGUGUAUCAAGAACAAGCAGAGACCAAAGAAAAAAAAGAGAAAAAAUCUGAUGAGAUGAAGGGUCUGGAGGAUGCUCUGAACAAGCUCCAACUGGAUCUGAAAAGAGUUGUCGACAAAGUGGAGAUGAAUGAGAAUCAAAUAAAAAGAAACACUGAUGAACUGAACAGCUUCAUCAGAAGAUUUCAGGAAGAACAUUGCCACUGGACUGUGAAGUUACUUGCCUUUUUUAUAGGCUAUCCAGAUGCUAUGAAGCAGCCUACUGCCAUCGCUCUGGACAGAGCACAGAAACAACUCGACUCUGAGAAGAGCCUUCUACGAAAUGAAGAGAGGAACAUCAAAACCAAGCAGCUUGAUCUUCAGCUGCAGCUGGCCAACUGUAAAAUACGGAUGGGUGAGAUUCCCAAUCCUGACAACCUGACGGAAGUCCAGCUGUGUCUUACUCAAAUCCAACAAAUUCUGGUUGAUCUGAAAAAGUUUUGGGAGAAGGUGGAUGCUAUUCUGAAAACGCUGAGAGAUAAAACCUUUGCUGGGGAGGAAAUGGUUGACAUGGAGGACAUGAAGUAUGAGUUUAUAAAGUCCAUUGAAGAUGCAGCAAAGUACUGGAAGAGAUUUGGUUCGAGUUGUCAGAAAGCUCAAGGCGUCUUCAGUGUUCAGUCUAAAAAUGCAUAUAAAUUCCUGGAGAUCAAUCCAUCUUCACUCUCUGAGGAGGAGAGGAAAAAGCAAUACUUGUCUAUCACAGCGAAGCUGAAGAAAAUCAAUCCAGAUCCGCCAGCAGUGACACCCUGAACUGAUGCUUCCUGAAGGCGCCUUACACAAAUCAAUGCAUACAGCUUCUCUUGGCUUUUUUUUAUUUUUAUUCUUUUUAAUCUUUACAACUGCCCUUGAACAUGUUUAAUUACAGUUCCACAUAUACAACUUCUUUAAUAAGAUGAUGUUAGGAAUUUUAUUUAGAUCAAUUUAUGGCCAUUUCUUUCAAAAUCGCUUUGCAUUUUUAUCAUGCUGUAUACAGUUCUUGUGGUCUGGUCACUUGAUUAAUGU